GGCACUACGCACAAUCACAACACUAGCUAGCUUGCUCGCUCCUGCCUCGCCCUCAACAAGCAUGACACCGAUCAGUGAGCAGCAACACAACAAGGAGCCUGAAACACAAUCCUCAACAAGCCGCAGUUCUCCAGUUCCAAGGCAUCGGCUAUCUGACAAUUGGGUCCACAUAAAAUAUGAGGUAGCAGUAGUAGGGGAUGAAGAGAACGCUGAUCAUGAGCAGCAACAACAGGUGGCAAGACGGGACCGGGACUUCCUCGCGGGGAUCAGGAAGCUCUUCAAGAGCUUCAAGAACCUCUCCCAUAUCUUCGAGAUAUACAAAGAUGAAGAUGAGGAGGAGGACGAUGACGACACAAGCAUCGAGAUUGGGCUUCCAACUGAUGUGCAACAUGUGGCGCACAUAGGCCUGGACGGGUCUACCAACUUGUCAAGCCUAAGGGGCCUACAGGGGGCUAGGGAGCUGUUCUCCCUCUCCAACCUCACCACCCUUGAGCAGUUUGAGCUCACCAUGGCCUCGUUGGCUGCUACUGGCAAAGAGCGAAAUGGGGUGUUAGAUAGAGUUUCUCGUAAUUAAUUAAUUAUUAGGAUGCACAUAGUAUUUGUGAAUUCAGAUGGUGGUUCUUUUCGCCGGGAUUUUCAUGCAUUUUUCAUUUUCUCUUCAAAAAAUGUUUGGUUCCAUGUCAUGUUAGUUUUUUUUGAAUGGAGCUGGAGAAUAUCUCUUUUUCCUUUU